AUGAGGGAGGAAUACAACUAUGAUAGUUAUAGGUAUAGACAGGGUUUAGUCAAGAAAGAAGAACCGAGAUAUGAUAAGUUUGGGAGGAUUGAGGGUUCAAGAAAGGAAAACGAAUUGAACAGACGAGAGGGAGCAGUGUUGAAGUCUAAAGGAGUUCCUAAGCUUGCGCUGGAUUCUAUAGAUUCAAAAGGAAAAUGGAAACAAAUAACAUCCAGUACAUUCUAUGGUGACUCAGGGCCGUUGCUUUCAAAGUUACAUUCAGUUCCAGAUGAAUUACAGAGGCAUUUUGAGAUUUAUGACGGAAUAGAAGGAGUAUUAGGAAGAGGGGCAUAUUCUAGUGUAUUUAAGAUUAGAAGUAAGAGAAGUGGAAACAUAUAUGCAUUAAAAGUGAUGAGUGUAGAACAUUUUACCUGUAGGGGACUAACAGGACAAUUAAGAAGGGAAAUCCAACUUCAAUCUCAGUGUUUUCAUCCCAAUAUAGUUCAGUUAUAUAAGUGUUUGGAACAAAAUGGAUAUGUGUUUAUGAUUUUGGAGUAUGUAGAUACCAAUUUAUUUAAUAUUAUUCAUAGAAAAAAGAAGAACCGUGUAAUUAGGGCAGGAGCAAGACGAAACAGAUACAUUCCAAGUGACGAGAGUUACGAUAUUAAAGAAGAAGACUCGAUACUGUUUACAAGAAAUGAAGUGGUGAGCUAUUUAACCCAAAUAUUGAAAGCUAUCAAUUACCUUCAUGAGAUGAAUAUAAUACAUAGAGAUGUUAAGCCUGAGAAUAUUUUGAUUUCUUGUGAUGGAAGAGUUAAGCUUGGAGAUUUUGGAUGGUGUGGAGAUCUAUGUAGGAGAUGUACUUCAAUGGCAGGGACCUUCUGUUAUAUGGCUCCAGAAAUCCUUAAAGGUGAGAGACAAACGUCAAAGGUGGAUUCCUGGAGCGUUGGAAUCUUGAUUUAUGAGCUUUAUAUGGGAAAUGUACCUUUUGUCCCUAUUAACUCAUCUAUGGAAUGCGAUGGAAGUACCUCACAGGUGAUUUCAAUGUUGAACUCAAUCAGAGAAAUUUCCAAGGAGGCAAAGCCUAGUCGCUUUCCUUCGGAUGCUUGGCAUCUUUGUUGUUGGCUUUUAAGAAAAAACUCCACUGAAAGAGCCUCUCCAAUCCAAGCUCUUAACCAUCCUUUCUUGGCUGAUGCCAAUCUUACCCCUCCAACUCCCAUUACUCCUUUCAGAAGGCAUGAUCUCCAGCUAAAAUCCACUCCUAGGACUGCAAAACAAGAGAUAUCUUCUCCCAAAAUACAGAGUUCCCUAACAUUUACUGCUCUUCCUCUUGUUGCAGUUCCUACCCCCAGGAAAGCUUCUGAGAAGGAGAAGUCAAAGCCAGAAACUCAAAUUAAAAGAAUGGUAACUGAGAUACCAACUAAUUUAUACUACAACUAUGGCUCCGAAAAAAGUCCUGUUCUUCACGCCAACAAUAUCUCUCAGAAGACUAUUUUUAACAGACCUGGAGAAAUAGGAGUCGGCUUUGUACCAGGCAUGGCUGGAGUCGGACCUGGAAUGCCAGAGGGAGUUGGAACUAAAGCUGUUUCUGUUCAAUCUGAACGUUUUAAGCAGCAAAACCUCGGUUUGGAAACGAGUUACUAUCAUUAUCAGCCCCAUGUGUCAAACCUAAAUAGGGUAGAAGUUCCUUUAAGGAGAGAUCUUUCCGUAAUCAGACAGCCCCCACCUAGAGACAACUUUGAACCAAAGUACUUGCAAAAAAUCACUCAACAAAAUCCCAUUGAAAAUAACCCUAAAAGUCAUCAUAAAACAAAUCUACAGAUUCCCUUUAACCCUAAAUUUGAAAGAAAUCAACCAUACGGAAAAAUAACUCAGCCUCAAGGAUUUGUUUCUUCCCAGGAUAUAUACAUACCUCCAGUUAUACAAAUGGGAGGAGUAUUUCCCCGAGAUCAAAAUAACAAAUCCAUGUUCAAAAGGGAAAAUACACCCAAUAGGUAUGUCAGCCAGCCUCCUAUAUACUACUGCCAACAGCAACCGUCACAAGUGAGAAGGAAUCACUACCUCUCUCAAAACCACUACUAA